AUGGCAGAAACGCGGAACAAGAUACUCUGCCCAGUCGUGGAUAUCGCUCCAGCUGGUGAUAUUAUUCUAGUAGUGGGACCGGAACAGCUGAAGCUCCGCGUCCAAUCACUUUUCUUCAAGGCAGCCUCAAAGCUACUAUGUGCCAUCCAGGGACCGAAUUGGAAGGAAGGCCACGAUAUGACGGGUGCGGGUCUUCCAGUGGAAAUACUACUACCCGAAGAAGAUGCGACUGCGAUGAGAUGUAUUUGUGCAAUCUUGCACCAUCAGCUCACAUUGGUACCUAAAAUCAUGGAUGCACAUGAUGUCCUCAGGGUCGCUGUCACGGCGAAAAAGUUUGGCGUUGUUGAGGCUUUGACUUUUGCCAAUGAAUUUUGGCUGUGUCCCCUCAAUAAGGGAGCCAGUGACCUCAUUGUCCUUGCGGCCGCAGCCACCUUGUUCCAGAACGCAAAAGCAUUCAGAGAUAUUACCAAGGCCCUGGUUCUCAACUACGGUGGUUCUUACCUUGCCCUUUCCAGCGAAGAUGCUGUGCCGGUUUUGGGGGAGAGAAUCUUUUGCGUGCUAGAAGAGCAAAGGGGCUUCGCGAGGCUGAAGUUAGGGGAGAUUCUCAUUGGAGGGAUUACAGCUCAAGCUUGUGUCCAUAGAUGUGGAUGGACGAGCAAAUACGCAUAUGCCUAUAUCAAGCUACUCGAGACACAGAGACUUUGGCCAACUGCCUUAGUUGUCAUCACCGAAGCAAUAGAGCGAGCAGAUAGGAUGCCAGAUCCAGUUCCAGAGGAAUCCAGUGCUCCAAGUGGAUCCAGUCUUUUGCCAUAUGGCACAAGAGCAUCAGAAUCUAUCCGGCCAAUAGAAGAGACCUAUCGAAGCCCUUGCGUUAGCCUGUUGUUCCCAGAAGAACACCAUUAG